AUGGUCCAAAUUAGAAACGCAAAAGAAGGGUUAAAGCAUACCUUUUGGUUUGCACAUCCGUUCUCGAGAAUGCUCGGUCACUGGCCACUGAGCGUUUCUUCUUCCGCGUUUUCUAAAAUUUUAAAUUUCUUCAUAAUUUUUAUCUCAUAUUUAUUGCAAAUGAUAGUCGUGAUCCCAAGCCUUCUAUACGUAUUUUUGAAAGAGAAAAACCCAAAGAAGAAGAUUAAAUUACUGAUGCCACAUCUCAACAGUAUCGUGCAAAUGAUUAAGUACACGAUUUUAUUACGACAAAUGAAGCAAAUUGGCAAAUUAUUGGACGAGAUAAGGAAAGAUUGGUCGAUAGCCACGGAGGAGAAUCGACAAAUUUUCAGCACGACGGCGUCCAUUGAGCAUAAGCUGACAUCAAUAAUAGCGCUCACUGUAUACAGCGGAGGUUUUUUUUACAGAAUGAUUCUUCCAUUUUCGAAAGGCAAAAUCAUUUCGAACAAUAUGACUAUAAGAUUGUUACCUUGUCCGGGUUAUUUUGGUUCCUUGGACGAGCAAGUUAGCCCGAACUACGAGAUAAUUUUCAUCCUGCAAGUUCUCGGCGGAUUUGUCAUUUAUACAGCUGUAUGCAGCACCAAGAGUAUUUGUUUGAUGCUAUGCAUGCAUAUGUGCGGUUUGUUAAGGAUCUUGACGAACAAAGUGAUGGAACUGACGAAUAACAAUGAUGAACGAGUUGUGCAGGAGAAGAUCGUAUACAUCGUGGAGUAUCAGAUGAGGAUCAAAGAAUUUUUGAAUCAACUUGAUCAAUUUGUACCCGCUAUUUAUCUUAUCGAAGUUUUUAUCCAAGUACUAAUUAUGUGUAUAAUUGGUUACUGUAUAAUCAUGGAAUGGGAAGACAGUAAUGGUAUGGGUAUAAUUACUUAUGUUAUCGUCCAAAUAACUUGCUUAAUUGGCACCUUUUCGGUAUGCUAUGUCGGUCAACUUCUACUUGAUGAAAGCGAGAAUAUUAGACAGGCAUAUAUUACAUUGAAGUGGUAUCAAUUGCCUGUAAGAAAGUCGCGCAGCUUGUUAUUAUUGAUCAUUAUGUCAAAUUAUCCAAUAAAAGUCACGGCAGGAAAAAUUAUAGAUUUAUCUUUAGUCACCUUUAUUAAUAUCAUUAAAGCUGCAGUGAGUUACAUGAAUAUGUUACAACAAAUUACUUAA